AGAAGAGUUUUCACCAGCCCUCAGUCAAAAAAACGGUCAGUCUAAAAUAACCUCAGCGUGAGACAUCACACCUCUGUGAAGCGAGUAUAUCACAACAUAUGAUUGAAAUAUUUUUUAGCUGAGAUUGGUGAAAGAAAGCGGAAAGAAAAUGAAACACUUCUACGUGAUCAUCACAGCUCUGGCAGCAACAGCUCUGGCACAAGGCUCUAUUGAAUGUAAUUUCACUGAAGCUACUGGAACUCAGCAAUGUUACGGAGCGGUGGGACAACUGCUGAUUUUUCACCUGCCAAACACUGCAGAUACAGAUGUAAGGUUGAAGAAAGACAAGAAAUAUAUGAUUUUAAAAUCAUACAAAAAUCUGAUAGAGAGUCUACAUGAGGAAUACGUCAAUCACAGCAAUCAGACUGAACUUUACACCAAGGGAAGACUUGAAUUGGGAAAAGCAACAAAGAAACACUCUGGAGACUACAUGUUGCAUGAAUAUACUAUAAAAGGGACUUUAAUAAGAAAAGUAAAUGUGCACGUAGAAAUUGAAGCUCCAGUGUCAAAGCCAGCUGUUUCUCAGAUGUGUUCGUCAGAACAGAUCAACAUCAGCUGCUCCUCUGAGGGAGAUGGAGUGGAGUUCCGUCUGACUUUAGACGGAAACUUACUCAUGCAGACAAGAGACAACAGCCAGUUCCUGAACAGCAGUAGAGUUAACAUACAAUCUCUGACAGAGACUAGAACUACACAAGACGAACCCAGUCUUAAACACGUUACCAUCAGCUUAAAGGGUCAGCUGGCUGGAAGCUUAAUGUGUAUUGUUUGGAACAAUGUCAGCAAAGAAGAAACAGUUAUUCAACUGAAAAUCUGCACAGUGCCCAGUCUGCAAGGUCCUUUAUUCCCUGUUGUGUCUAUGGCUAUUAAAGCAAUCUUUUUGGCUGUCCUCCUGGGAAGUGUUUUAAUCAUUCUCCAUAACAUCCUAAAACCUGGCAUUGAGGAUGUUAUAGAGAACCCAGAAGAGUUCAUUACUACACCCAUGUUGGAAUAAUACAAAAAAAAGGACAACUGAACCCAACCCCAAGAUUUCUACAUCCAGUGUAUCCCACAGAAUGACGUGAUUCUGCUCUCAUAGAUUUGCUGCGUCUUAUCUCUCCGCAGGAGUCGAGAGGGAAUCUUUUUUUUAAACAGGAGUUUUGUUAUGUUGCAUGGAGAGUUCAGGCACAGAAAAAUGUCAUCCGCUCAGUGAUAUCCUCGCGCCCGCCUGAACUCUUGCUUGCUUUCUCGUGCAUGCUGCAAUAUUAUGAAUGAAUAAAAAAUAGAUAAAAACAGGGCUGAAAUAUACUAGGGCAGGCCCACCCAGGUAUCUUCUAUGUGUGGUAAACAUUUUAAUCUUCUCCUAAAAAAGGAUCAAGUAUCAGCCCAAUAAUUGACCAUGUCUGUAAUCUGUGAUCAUGUAGUUCAGUUAAUACUUUGUAUUCUUUUUUUAAAUUGUGCUUCUUUGAUUCAUUUUGGCAUUUGGUUUCCUUAUAUAACCAUAUCUUUGAUUGUAUUCUUGUAAAUUUGUGUUAUCAUAAGCAAUUUAUGAAACAUAUAUCAAAAUGUUCUCUGGUUUUUGUUUUUAAGUAAAAACACUGUAUAUUUCCUAAA